GAGAACUCUCCUCCUCGGGUCCCUGAAAUACUUACCUUCCACCCCAGCAUCGUGCCUUUUCCGUCGUGUGGAUAUAGAUAUAUAUACCUGCUAGACUAUGCUGUUAUCUACAAAACAGUCGCAUAUCUCUCUAGCUUGAAAAAUUAUCGUCCAAUGAAUUCAGCCAGACCCCCCUCGUCACAGGACCCCGCACCCUUGACGCAAUCGCUUCAUGACGUUCUGUCCGACCUCCAUCAACGCCCAUAUCCUCACAUCCCCAACCCACCGAAUUGCAAAAAACGUGCCUCGGUAGCCCUGAUCCUGCGCGUCCGGCCGACAUAUGAAGAUUGGCCAGAGCCCACAUCGUCGCAGUCUCUGGAUAGUUCAGCCUCCGUCCAGCAACAGCUUAACACGUUCUUCUCGCAAUCAUGGGUUCAGAGUGGCGUUCCGGAAGCGCUUUUCAUCAAGAGGGCUUCGCGCGUGGGAGAUAGAUGGACUGGCCAUGUUGCUCUUCCGGGCGGCAAGCGAGACCCUGAGGAUUCAGAUGAUAAAGCGGCUGCGAUUCGGGAGGCUUCAGAAGAGAUUGGACUGGAUCUCACAGCAGAGAACUGUGUAUACAUCGGUAACCUUCCCGAAAGAGUUGUGACCACGAGCCUGGGUACAAUCCCGCUGAUGGUUCUCUGCCCUUACAUCUUCCUCUUAACAUGCAGUGACUCGCCAACGCUCAAGCUACAACCCACCGAAGUGGCCUCCACCCAUUGGGUGCCACUACAAGCGCUUUUGUCGUCUUCCCUACGCACCGUGGAACAUGUCGACAUGACUCAACGCCUGGCAAACAUGGGCGGUCUCAUGGCUCGUAUCGCGUCCCGCUCCUUGAUGGGCUAUAUGCAGUUCCCCGCCAUUCGUUUAGCCCCAACCGAGAGUCUUCAAAGCAAUACAACUCCCGGACUUACCCCCAAAGAUGAGCAAAGUCCAUCGAUGUUCCGACGACUUAUAUCUUGGGCCAGAACUAGCCCUGCCGACCAGGACAUUGGGAUCAAUCGCCCAUUGCUCCUGUGGGGCUUGACGCUGGGUAUCAUGGCGGACUUCUUGGAUUUACUCCCCCCACACACGGCUGUUAAGCUAUGGCAUUAUCCUAAUUUCACGGCACCUGAUCUGAGGUUGCUGAUCAACGUCCUCACUUAUCGUCUGCGGAAACGCAAUAGGCGCUUGGUUGAGAGCGGAGCCCGACCGAACAACACUGCGGUGGAUGGUGAAACAGCAGCUGUACCAGUAAUGGCAUUCACAAGCAAUGGCGACGGGACUCAAAAUAACAUUGGUAUCGAAGGACUUGGUGUUGGCCAAUAUUACGGGCCUUCCGACCAGGGUAUGAAAGGAAGCACAUACGCAUUGGAGAUUAUGCUCCGAGGCUAUUACGAUCGGCUUCGAGUUGCCCUCUAUAUCUUCGCAGCAUGGAGGAUUGUUCUGGGUUCCACGGCGGUCGUCUACGCAUGGAGAUUUCUUCGUCGGAUCCGACGAUGAUUCUAACCAUCAUUCCGUGUAAGUCUACCUAUAUCUAAGUUGUAAUUACGAUAGUAUAGAUGAUUUCUUU